GGCGGUGUGGAAGGGUCUUGCUGAUUGGCCAGAAGGAAGUCAUGGGGAGGGGGAAGUGUUUGCGUAAAUAAAAUCAAGACUAUUUUAACAUUUGUUGUUAUUUUCUUAGAGGCACGUGACAAUCUUUGAUUGUGACCGUCUCCGAGACCACUGUGCACUACCUGCUUUACUGCCCGCGAUUCUUAUCCCGCCGCACUGCACUGCCCUCCCACGCCUGCGUUAACUUCGCUGAACUCCACCGAAGCUCAUAAGGAUCACUAGAUCUUCCAUGCCCAGCAACAGCAACAACACUCAUCAGCUAUAUAAAAUUAUUAUAUAAUUGCUGCCAGAAGCAAAAACAUUCAGUUGGCAAAGCCUUUGCUAUUUCUUGAUAAUAAGUCUGCUCCCCCCAUUACCCCCAACCCCCAAUGGAGCUCUUCAUUAAAGCUGUCAAGAUGAUGUCUGCAACAGGCAACAUUAGGCUCCUGCACACCCCAGGUCACCAUGGCUACAGUGUUAAAUUCAGCCCAUUCAGCCCCAGUCUUAUUGCUGUCGCUGCAGGACAAAAUUUUGGACUGUCAGGAGGUGGUAGUCUGUUGAUAAUGGAUCUUGGGUUACCUGGUAAUGGCCAGGUGUGCUGUUGUCAGUGGCAGGAUGGCCUCUUUGACCUGACCUGGAGUGAACAGAAUCCUAAGUGUGUGGUCACUGCUGCAGGAGAUGGCUCCAUCCAGAUGUGGAACACAAGCCAGCCUCAGGUGCCUGCAAGGGUGUACAAGGAGCAUACCCGGGAGGCUGCCUGUGUGGACUGGAGCCAGACAAGGGGUGAGCAUCUAUUUGUCUCGGCCUCGUGGGACUCCACUAUCCGGCUGUGGGACCCCAACCAUCAGAGUUCUCUGGUGACCCUGGCUGGACAUGAGGGGCUUGUGUACCAAGCAGCAUGGUCACCUCACUUGCCAGGAUGUGUGGCUUCAGCCUCAGGAGAUAGCACACUGAGGAUAUGGAAUGUACGGAGACCCCAGGCAGGUCCCUCCAUAGUGGUGCGGGCAUGUGCAGGUGGUGAAGUCCUCAGCUGUGAUUGGUCCAAGUACAACCAAAACCUCAUUGUGACUUCUGGCACAGAUUGUAACAUCUGUGGCUGGGAUCUACGGCAGCCAGCACUGCCUGUCUUUGUUCUCCAGGGUCACCAAUACCCAGCACGGCAGGUGAAGUGUUCACCCUUCCAGGAGACUCAGCUGGCUUCAGUGUCCUAUGACUUCACAACAAGAUUCUGGGAUCAUAGCCAGCCCUCACCUUGUAUUCUUGCAAUGGAGAAGCACACUGAGUUUGUGUAUGGCCUUGACCUGUCCAACCAUAAUGAGAACAUGCUUGCUGAUUGUGCCUGGGACCAGAGUGUAGGGGUGUACAAUCUUGGUAAGCUGACUCCAAAUCCCUGAAGUUCAGGGAGUUGUUGCUGAUGAGGGAUGCCCUAGAGAGGAAUAAGAUUUUGUUCACACAAAAAAAAUACCAAGACUUUAGAUUCAAAACAUUUCUUAUGAGUCACAAAGAACUUCUGCUGCUUUAUGCUUGUAGGGAAUUAUAACUAAUUUUAUUAUAUUUUUUUAUGUGAUAACCCUAGCUUAGGACUAAGGCUAUGCCUGAAGGUUUAUGUUUGAAAAUUACAAUUUAAAAUGAAAGAAAUUUGAGCUGUGAAGAAUAUAAUUUUAUAUUUAGAUUAUAGUAUUAAUACAGUGCAUACUCAUAAUUUAUGCAUAUGAAGAAUUCAAGAUAGUGUAUAAAGUAUAUAUAUUUUUUAUAUUAUGACUUUGUGCUAAUAGAUUCAAAUGCAUUCAAAGUACAAGGAGGUCCCAUUAUAUGAGCAUCUGUUAUUUGAGAAACUGAUGAUAUGAGAUUUGUAAAAUUAGGGAUUACUUUCUUUAUUGAGUACAAAUUUUUGUAUCUUCAGUCUGAGAUGAGUAAAAUUACAAAGUUUAAAAUGCACACCUUCCUGCAUCUUCCCACUAAAAGAUCUAGGCCGUACAGUGAUGUACAAUUAUUCAGAUAUGCAGAGAAGAAUUUGUGAACACUGAGAGAGAACUGCACACCUCUCUCUUGUCCUCUGCCUACCAUGCAUUCUUCUGUCAGUCCUCUUUUAAAAGCUCAGUGUCUCUCAGACUCCCACUCUUACAGUUGUACUCUAUCAUCAUUUUGCUUGCAAGCAUAUUUACAAUACAGUACAAGUGCGGUGUACAGUGCUUUAUGUGACUUAUCAGUGCUUGGAUGUGUUACAGUAUUAUUACUGGCAUGUUCUUUCAUUCACUGUCUUUGGUGUGGUGUGUGUGUGUGACUGACCUCUCAAGUGUUAAGUAUGCCUCCCAAGUGGCCAGUGAGUUCUAGUGGGUCCUAGCAAUAAGGCUAAGUGAGCUAUAGAGUACCAACAACACUUGCAAAGAAGGUAGAAAUUUUUAAGAAGCACAAUAGUGGUGAGUGAAUUACUCUCCCUGACACAUUAGUUAUGCAUUGGUGAGUGCUAUGUACAUUUGAUAUGUUAAAUUAAUAUGAGAUCACAUUCUUUACAUGCUGAUUUCUUUCAGGUUGCUCUAUCAACAGUUCUAUAAUAUAGACAUAUUUUGCAUUUGGUAUCAUGUUUUGGCUUGAAAACUUACCUUUGAUAAGGGUCACAGUCUGAUUCAUGGAACCUGACCCUUUUGCCUUUAAUAAUGUUUCGUUAUACAAGAAUUUGCUUUACCAGCAAUUCAAAUGGAACCUAACUGCUUGUAACAUUAGGACUUCCCUGUAAACAAAUGAUUACCUCCUACCAUGCAGCACACCACAGGGGCCAUACACCAUCACUCGUCACCAGCCAUCCCAUCAGUCAUCACAUUAUCACCACCAGCUCAUAUCAUCACACCAAUAUCAGCACCAUAUCACCAGCCCAUACAUAACACUACUGCACCAUGACCAUCACUGGGCCUGUACCAUUUUCUUCAACAUGUGUGAGGUGUCUCUUUCAGGAACAUAUGUUUUCUUAACUAUCCUAACUGUUAUAUAACAACUUUCAGUAGAUGCCACAUCAUAAUUUUCUAACAACCACUUUCUAAUCUCUUAAUGGGUGGCAGUCAUUUAAGGACAUUUCAGAAUGCACAAUCUCCCCCACUACAUGGCUCACAUGGAUGUGGUUUACUAAAAUAGCAUCACAACAUGACCACCAUCCCACACCAUUCAGGCCAAAUCACCACCACUAUUACUACUAAGCCUCAUUAUCAUUAUAAGAAUUUCUAAUUCACUUAAUGUUAAACUCUAUUUAUAUCAUAUAAAAAAUAAUGGUAUUUAGUAGAGAACUUGGGUGUUUUUCAUAGAUUUCUUUGUACUCAUUUAACAUUCAACAACUUUCAUUUAUAGUUCCAGUUUCUGCCAUGAUGCAGUAUAAAACAAUUACUUGGAAAUAUAUUCCAGUUCAAUUAGUUGUCUUUUUUAUCCACCACUGAAACAUUUAUUUAGUGGAAGUGAUGGUAACUCUGUGUUUACCUGGUAAUUAUGGAAGCAUGCAAUUACCACCUCAGACCAGCCUGCAGUAGUACCUCCAUAAUGAAGUCACAUGCAGAUCCAUCCACCAGUUCCUCCCACCUUGCAAGAACAGAGUUCACUGGGCUAGGUUUUAGGCUGGAUUCAAACAAGCCACUUUGGGGUCAGUGGAAAAAAAAAAAAAAAAAAAAAAAAAAAAGCUCCAUUCACACAGGCAACUUUUUUUUGUGGCAGCCAUAAAAAAAAAAAGUUAAGUUGAGACAAGCAGAGCCAUUUUUCUGACCACACCACUGUGGCCAGCAUUAGAAACCGUUAUUUCAAGUGGCAACAUACGAGCCACUAUUGGUUACUGCCACUCUGCCUCCUGCUACUGUUUCGUCAUGUCUGUCACAGCGUCAAGUACUCCUUGCUGUGAGUGAGAUGAAUGGGUAAAGAGUUGUUUAACUGUGAAAUGUUAAUCAUAGAGGUGGAGAAGAGACCAGCACUUUAUGAUUUGAAUCUGAAGGAAUACAGUGACAAGAAUAUUAAAAAAAAAAGAUAUGUAGAAUGCUCCACACAAUAGUCUGUUACUGUGGGGUGCACCCAGUACCUUCUGCACUUUUUGUGCUUUAUCUUCACAAAGAGAGUGCAGACAGCUGCUAUUUCCACAAGAUCUAUAAUGACAAUGACAUU